GGAGUGUGAGGCCUGGGAGAGCCCGACAGGGAAUAAGACAGUGUUGGACAGUUUCAGAGAGUUUGUUUGGGAGUCUAGGGGUUCUGAGCAUUUAAAAAGAGCUGGCAUGGAUAGGAUGAUGGGCGAGAUGAGGUGGAUAUGGUUAAACACGUCGCAAAUCUUUGCACGGUCUACGUGGAUGGGGUGUGGGACGAGGAGCAGGGGUCCAUGGCAGCGGCGGUGGUUGACGUGGAUGUGGGGCAAGUAAAGGGCAAGGUUGCCGAGAAGGAGGCUCGCAACUACAUUAACAACAACACCAACGGUAUCAACAACAACAACAGCAUCAACAGCAACAACUUUGAUGGGAGGGUUGGUGGAGAGGCGGUGGCUGUGGUGGAGGAGAGGCUGGUAAUGGGCGAGAUUGGUGACAAGGGUGGGGAGGCUGACAACAACAACAACAACAACAACAACAACAACAACAACAACACAGAAGGUGGCAGUGAUGGAGGAGAGGCAGGUGAUGGGCGAGAUCGGUGUGAAGGGUGGGGAGGCUGUCAACAGCAACAACAAUACAACAACAGCAACAACAACAGCAACAACAACAGCAACAACAACAACAAUGACGGAGGCAACAACAGCGACAAUGAUGGCGAGCAGGGGAUGAGUGUAAUGGGCGAGGAGGGUGUGGAACAUGACAGCAAAAUCUACAACGGCGACAAUAACAGCAACAACGACUGCAAUAUCAACAACAACAAAGGUCACAACAACAACAACAGCAACAACUACAACAACUACAACAACUACAACAACAAUCACGACGAUGGCGGCGAUGAAAUCUACGGGAGCAGCGGGGUAGAGAAGGGUUAUUAGGCCUACAUAUCUUUCCGGCGGCAGCUACGAGGGCUAAACACAAAGGCAGUUAGUGAGGGGAGUGGCGAAGGGGAGGCUUCUGCUGGAGGGGCUGGCCUCGCGGCAUCCACUGCCGGGGGUGGCUCCGCAUCCGGAUCUAGUACCAGCUAUGGGACCAAUCCCUCAGACCAGGACGCAUCAUCCCAGACAGUUGCAGUUGUCGAGGCCAGUUCUUCGUACUAUUCAGGAGCAGUGGUCACGGGAGGCGGCGGUGCAGGAGGAGGGAAAGCGUCGCGAGGUUCCGGAACCAGUGAGUCCCAUAUUGAUUCCGAUAUAUUCAAGACUGAUGGUUUUGGUUCGGGCUCAGGUAGCAGCGGACAAUCCAACGGAACCGGCGCAGCCGGUGGUGGGGGCGCCGCGGUGAUAACCGGGGAAUCGGACUACGAUAACGCAUCUGCGAAGUCCAUGGUGACCGUGAGUGCAAUCCAAGGGUUAUCAGGUGGGCAGGGAGAGAUUGACGCGGGAGCAAGCAUAAGCAACUCGACAGGAGGAGGAAGUGCAGGAAGUGGAGCAGGCAGUGGUGGGGGCGGAGCCUCCGGAGUCGGAGGAGGCAGCGGGUCUUCAUACACCAUCAAGAAAAAGAAGAAAAAGCCGUCAAACGGUCCAAACCCUGGUCAGCAAACUUCAGAUGGGUUUGACACUUUCGAUGGGACUACCGAUGUGCCAUAGCUGCACUGCAACCUAUGGCGGAAGAGCCUUAGGAAACAAUCUCAAAACUGUCCCCCCUCCCCCUGGUGGUCCCCUUCCCUCUAAGUCAUGACAACCUUAGCGCCCGACCCACCUUAGAUGAAGUCCUAACCUUUCCGAUGUGUGCGCCUGUAUUAGCUAGCCUUAGGAGUGUGUUCCUUUACCAUAACCGAUCGCUGCGAAGCGUAAGUCACCCCGUCCCUUCCGUCCGCCGGUCAAAAUUGCCGCUGUAUAGAUGCAGUUCGCGGUUAUCGUGUCGUGUCGUGUCAGUAAACGACGCACUAAUGU